GCCGCCGGUAGAGGUCAGAGAAAAAAAUGUCGGUUGCUAGCUUCUCGUCCUUGAGCCGCUGUGGGGUCUUGGCUUUCCGGUCCCCUGCUGGACCGCUGGCAGUGCGGUAUGCCCAGACGGCAGCAGCUCCAGCAGUUCAGCCUAGAAUAAAGAAGUUCCAAGUAUACAGAUGGGAUCCAGACACACCUGGAGACAAGCCUCGCAUGCAGACCUAUGAAAUCGACCUCAACACCUGCGGCCCAAUGGUUCUCGAUGCUCUCAUCAAGAUCAAAAACGAGAUGGAUUCCACUCUGACCUUCCGCCGCUCCUGUAGAGAAGGUAUUUGUGGAUCCUGUGCAAUGAACAUAAACGGAGGAAACACACUUGCCUGCCUCAACAAGAUUGACUCCAACCUCAGCAAGCCCACCAAGAUCUACCCACUCCCCCACAUGUAUGUGGUCAAGGACCUGGUACCAGACAUGAGUAACUUCUAUGCCCAGUACAAGUCCAUCGAGCCGUACCUAAAGAAGAGGGACGAGUCGAAGGAGGGAAAGGAGCAGUACUUGCAGUCUAUGGAGGACAGACAAAAACUGGACGGCUUGUAUGAAUGCAUCCUGUGCGCCUGCUGCAGUACGAGCUGUCCGAGCUACUGGUGGAACGGAGACAAAUACCUUGGGCCGGCAGUGCUCAUGCAGGCGUACCGUUGGAUGAUAGACUCGAGAGACGAGUUCACAGAGGAGCGUCUGUCCAAGCUGCAGGAUCCUUUCUCCCUCUACCGCUGCCACACCAUCAUGAACUGCACCAAGACCUGCCCAAAAGGCCUAAACCCAGGAAAAGCCAUCGCUGAGAUCAAGAAGAUGAUGGCCACAUACAAGGAGAGGAAGGCCGCAGCAGUCUGAUGUCUGCCAUCCUUUUUUACAACUUGAUUAUUAAAUUAUUGAUCAUAAAGCGCUCUUUAAGGUCUGAUAGGGGCCUGACCAUCAGGGAUCUCACAUGCCGCUGCGUAUUUCUGUACUAGAGAGGCGUGUGUGGCUGGAGGACUUGGUGUUACACAAACGCACAAUUCCAGUAUUAAUGCUGGAGAGAGUGUUUAACUGAGUCCUAAAAGAUGAUUUUGUCUCCAACUCUACUCUGUGGAUGUUUGUGUACAUGCAAAAUAUUAAGCUUCACAUUAAAGUGGGAGAACUGAGGCUUUUUCCUCCUUCAGUUUUUGGUUUUUGAUAUUGCACUUUAAUGAAAGGCAUACAGUACAUAUGACCCCUCCAUGACAACAGCGCUCCUUGUUUUUGAUAGACAAUAAAUCUUUUGUGUUGCAGCAACUUGGA